AGCAGCUGCCUUUGAACAUCACAAACCAGUUUUUGUUCAAAAUUGCUUCUCUGUUCUCAACAAUGAAGUCCAAAGGUUUUCUGUUUCUGUGUCUUCUACUUCUCUCUGCUCUCGUUAUCUCGUGGGCUAUAGAAUCCCACACAACUAAGGAUGAAAAAGAAGUGAAUUAUGUGGGCCACGAGGCAGAAGACAAACAUGGAGGCGGUGGCGGUUAUGGCGGAGGAUCUGGCGGAGGGGGUCACGGCGGCGGGUCCGGCUCAGGCGGUCACGGAGGUGAGGGAGGCGGUCACGGCGGCGGGUCCGGCUCAGGCGGUCACGGAGGUGGGGGAAGCGGCGGCAGCGGCGGUCACGGCGGCGGGUCUGGUGGAGGUGGUCAUGGAGGCAAAGGAGGCGGUGGCGGAGGUUAUGGCGGAGGCGGGAAAGGAGGCGGAGGGUCCGGUGGAAGCGGCGGCGGGAAAGGAGGCGGCGGCUCUGGUGGAGGCAGCGGCGGUAAAGGAGGCGGCGGCUCUGGUGGAGGCGGCAAAGGAGGCGGCAAAGGAGGCGGUGGUGGUUACGGCGGCGGCGGCGGCAAAGGAGGCGGCGGGUCUGGCGGUGGAGGAAGUGGAUCUGGUGGAGGCGGUGGAUAUGGCGGAGGAAGUGGCGGCGGAUCUGAGGGAGAGGGAGGAGGAGGAGGCUACUAAACCAGUCUUCAAGAGGAGGAGAAACUGAGAGACCAAAAAUAAAAUAUAAAAUAUAAAAUAUAUCUAUAUCUAAAAAACCCAACUAUAUAAUAUUAUAUGUAUGCAACUGGAAGCAGUAAAUAAUGAUAGGGGUAAGGACUAAGCCUAAGGAGACAUACUAAAAUUAGAUAAUUCAGAAGCUGCCUUCCACAAACCUUCCUGUACUCUACUACGCACUUCCUUGUAUUUUGAA